UGUAUUCAAGUGUUGGUAUUCCCACAGUUCAUUGCGAUCAUAUAAAGUCAUGCGAGCACCACAAAGCUCAUUCUGUGUCAGUAUGUCUAUGAGAGUGCUUCUCUUCGGACUAUUUCUGCUGCUCACUUCAGGGGCACAAGGAAAACCUGGCUCAUCCCGAAAGCCCAUGUGUGCUGAUAUGGCUGAGAUCCACGCGUGUCCCAUUAACUUCGCACCUGUAUGUGGCAGCGAUGGGAACAGCUAUGACAACGAGUGCUUACUGUGUGUGGAAAGACUGAAAACCAAAUCUGACAUUUUAAUCACAAGAGAUGGUGACUGCUGAGCUCCUGCACAAAAUACAUGAUCAUUAAGAUCUGUGGCCAAAAUAAAGCAUCUGGAAUGGAA